GUGUUGGACUUCCCCACACCUGGGGUCAGAAUGCUGCUCCUCUGUCACGUCCUCACGGUAGCUGUGGUCCAGACUUUUAUCUUCUCUGAAAACCGGGUAUUUGCCAAGAACAUCAACUUCUAUAAUGUGCGGCCUCCUCUUGAUCCUACACCAUUUCCAAACAGCUUCAAGUGUUUUACCUGUGAAAAUGCAGGGGAUAAUUAUAACUGCAAUCGAUGGGCAGAAGAUAAAUGGUGCCCACAAAAUACACAAUACUGUUUGACAGUACAUCACUUUACCAGUCACGGAAGAAGUACAUCCAUCACCAAAAAGUGUGCCUCCAGAAGUGAAUGUCAUUUUGUUGGCUGCCACCACAGCCAAGAUUCUGAACACACGGAGUGUAGGUCUUGCUGUGAGGGGAUGAUCUGCAAUGUUGAAUUACCCACCAACCACACGAAUGCGGUCUUCGCUGUGAUGCACGCUCAGAGGACGUCUGGCAGCGGUGCCCCUGCGCUCUACCUACCUGUGCUGGCCUGGGCCUUCGUGCUGCCGUUGAUAUAA